AUGUCUUCAACGAGGCACUGGUUAGACAAGGUCUACCUUGUGUAUUUCCUUAUCCAUCUACCCGUCUUAUUCUGUGUUGACCUCGUACCCCUCUACCCAACAUCUCUCUGGGUACCACCCUCGUCACCAUUUCACUUUCUAUACGAGUUGCGGGUCUAUUAUAUAAAUACGUACAAUGAUCAGUUCUUCGCACCGCCACCGGCAACCAUCCCGAGCUUCUUCCCGCUAUUCGCUUUCCUAGAGCUCGUCUUCCAUCUACCGGUGUCGCUAUGGGCAGUCCGUGCGUUCUUUAGCGGCGGACUGAACGGUAAUGCCGAAUUGCUGCUCCUUGUAUACGGAAUCGAGACAGCAUUGACUACCGCGACCUGCAUGUACGAGGCAUUCCUCUGGGACCCAGCCGUGGUAACCGCUGAGCAGAAGGUGGUACUACUAGGUGGCCUAUACGGAGGGUAUCUUGCCGUUGCUGUCCUGUUGACUGUCGAUAUGUAUACACGCCUGCUGAAACGUGUCAACUCGCUUGAUACUAGGAAGAAAAUCCAGUAG